UCAUUUAUCGAAUUUCCAGAACAGAAAGUUUUUGGAUUUCAAAGAAGUCGGCGCGAGAGAGAUACGUCGUGAAGAAUUAUCAGUACGUGUAUGAUUCAAGAGUCUUCGGGCCUGAGUGCGGUAGAAGUUCAGCUUUAUGAUGGUCAACACCACUUCGGCGGGUUCACGGGAGGCGAAGACGAGUGUGAACGAAAAAGAAUGGAAAUCGUCUCUGAAACCACCACCGAAGGAUAUGCGUGUAAAAACCUCGGAUGUCACUGACACAAAAGGUCAUGAAUUCGAAGAUUUCUGUUUGUCACGUGAGAUGCUUAUGGGUAUCUUUGAACAAGGCUGGGAGCGUCCGUCCCCAAUUCAGGAAUCUUCGCUUCCGAUGGCGCUAACUGGGAGGGACGUUUUGGCACGCGCUAAGAAUGGCACCGGGAAAACUGGUGCUUAUUCAAUUCCUAUCUUGGAACGGGUAGAUCCGAAGUUUGAAACUAUUCAAGCUCUUGUGCUGGUGCCAACUCGCGAACUGGCUCUACAGACCAGCCAAAUUUGCACAGAACUGUCGAAGCACAAAAAGUUGCGUGUCAUGGUGAGCACUGGUGGUACUGAUCUCCGUGAGGAUAUCAUGCGAAUAAUGGAGAAAGUUCAUGUUAUCAUCGCAACGCCUGGCAGAAUUCUGGACUUGAUGGAAAAACGGGUAGCUGACAUGAAAAAUUGCAAAAUGCUAGUAUUGGAUGAAGCGGACAAGCUGCUCAGUCAAGAUUUUUUGAAUACUCUUGACCGACUCAUCUCAUUUUUGCCGAAAGAUCCCCAGAUACUUUUAUUUUCGGCGACUUUUCCGUUGACUAUCAACCAGAGCAUCAUCUUCUGCAAUUCCACGCAGAGGGUCGAGUUGCUGGCUAAGAAAAUUACAGAGCUUGGUUAUUCCUGCUACUACAUUCACGCCAGAAUGCAACAGGCUCACCGGAACAGAGUUUUUCAUGAUUUUCGGAAUGGACUCUGUCGAAAUCUAGUUUGCUCAGAUCUCUUCACCAGAGGCAUUGAUAUUCAAGCCGUGAAUGUUGUGAUCAAUUUCGAUUUUCCGAAAAUGGCUGAAACGUACCUGCAUCGAAUUGGUCGGUCUGGUCGAUACGGUCACCUCGGUAUCGCAAUUAACCUCAUUACUUACGAGGACCGCUUUGCCCUUCAUCGUAUCGAGCAAGAGCUUGGAACAGACAUUAAACCUAUCCCGAAGUCCAUAGAUCCGAAGUUGUAUGUGGCGGAAAUGCAGCAGGAGGAUCUCGAUGACCCCAUUAGUGGCAAGUGAAAUCUCUCGCGGAACAUUGGAACACCAUUUGUGACGGAAGUUUUUGAAUGAGCCCUUUGAGUUUUCAUGUUCUAAAUGUUCAGCGUUUCAAGGCUGACCCGUCAGUUCGGGCUAUUAUGUUGAAAGGAUAAGAUGGAGCAGAGAUCAGCCUUUUUCAUUGCCGAGUGACGGCUCUUCGGUCCAAUCUUGCUUAGCUUAUUUUUGUUACGUCUCCUUGAGGUCUCCCUUGCGCAGUUAUAACAUGUAAACUGUCGGACUAAAGUCUACACCGACGAUUUUCAAGGGAGUUAUUGUACACUGAUUCUUUGCCUCUUCCUGGUUAUUGAUUUUUUCACUCAAGGUGCGCGUGUUUUUAUUUUUUCGUCGAGAAAUUGCGUCAGUUACGUCGUUGUUCUGAAAGGCGCUCACGAUGACCAGCAUCUCCGGUUCGUGAGAGUCCGGCGGGUUUUCAGCGACGGCAACUGAGUUUAAGCCUGUACUGUACUGCGGCAGUUCCGAUUUUUUUUUCUCCGUCGUUCACUGUGAUAGUUAAUUUUUGAUGAUCGUUGAACGUUUUGGCUAUUGGAGGAACACCGUGAGCUCCAACUGGUCGUCGGCCUUUAAUUGAUCGUGUGAGAAUGGUGAUAAAUCCGGAGAUCAGCGACCCGCGGGUUCAGUAGCUUUGUGUAUCUUUUAAAAUUUCCCUGUCGCGACGCGGUCGGUACUUUUACAGUGCCGUCAGAGUAGUCCUUUUGAUAUCUGUUCGCUAAACUUUUCUGUCAUCUGCGGGUCGAAUUCUCUUCUUUUCAUGUUUCCCUGUUGUAGCAUCUGCGUCGCUCUUCCUAUGAGGUUUAUUCGAUAUUUCUUGGUUGAUCCUUCCCGAGGAAUGCGAUUCAAAUCUCCUUUACUGUCUUGAGGUCCGUGAAAAACUUUGCUUCUAAGCAAAAUUUUCACACUUUUUAAUUUCUUUUGGAGGAUCAAAAAAAAAUCUGAAAAAUCGAAAAAACUACACGCAAACGAGUUGAGAAGAUGGAUGAAAAGUUGGAUUAUUCCGUAGAAGGAUGUGAAAUGUCCCUUGACUUAAGACCAUGCGUAGGAAGGAAUUGUUGAACAUCGUGAAGAAGAUAAGCAUGAGAUCAUGCGAAAAAGAAAUUCGUUGAACAUCGAAGAGAAAGAUCGAAUGGGACGGAAA